AGAACGUAGAGAUAACUUACACCGAGCAUGUUUGCCGCUAGGAGGAUAACUAAUUUGCAAACAAGCAUUACUGUUGUAUUGCACUAGACUAUAAGUCCUUGAUUCAACGAGUAUCAAUAUGAUAAAAUCGUAUAAAAACGAAACAGUUCAACAUAUCAUACUUUUAAUUUGAAGUGUGUCGAAUCAAUACUAAUAAUGUCGUUUAAGUGAAAAGUUGUCCGACUGAAAUUACAGUACCGAAUGCAUGCGGGAAUGUUUAAUAUCAUAUGAAUACAACUAGUAUAUUUUGGCCUCUUCCAUUAUAAACGCCCUAUUUUAAAGGCUCUCUCAACUGUGUAUUCUUGUUUAUAAUUUCGCGUGUGACGUAUUCAGUGGGACCUGUAUAGUAUACUGGCACCGUUCCAAGUCUAACAUACAUACACAGACCAGGUAACAGGGUGGUACACCUCCUCAUCACCGACAUGUAGUCCAGGAUACGUGGACGUGAGAACAAACGAGGAAGGCAUGGCAGUGUUCAUUCUCCUACUUGUUCUUUGCCUGGGCAUUCAUGCCAGUGUGACAGCAGAUCCUUGUUUGACAUACGAUAAUUUCACCGCCGACUCAACACGAUCGCCUAGCCACGUAGAUAACAAUAAUUGUGAUGCAGUCCUCACUGAGAAAUGGUACAGACUGGUAGGGGACGCGGGCACUGACCUGACUAAUGACAGUAGUGUUUUAGUUUCUGGUGGAUGUGGGACGCAGUAUCAACUGUGGAUGAAUGCCACCAUGCCAGAUGUUUCAGAAGGAAUCGUAGAUAGAAAGAUCUGCAUGACGUCACCCUUCUCAAACUGCCACAGUUCUUUCACCGUCCAAGUGAAAAACUGUUGCUCUUUUCGAGUUUACUAUCUUAAGAGUGCAACUAACUGUCCUCAGGCAUACUGCGUUAGUCCCAGUCUUGUUCCUCCUGUCGACUGCCCCGGUCCAUCUACGAACUCUUCUACAAGUGUUUCAACUGCGAGUGAGACAACUACAUCUGGGGAUACUACUACCAGUAUAUCUACGAAGGAGACGAAAGCUACCAAGCAAACAACUUCGGCGAAAACAGAUGAAGUGACAACACCAGCAUCAGAGAGAAGCUCAAACCCAGUAAUCAUUGUGUUAGUAGUAGUGUGCGUUGUGCUUUUUGUGUUGUUUAUCGGGCUUUCAUUCGCCCUGUACAUGAGAUGUAAAAGAGAAAAAGGUCUACCCGAUUCCACUCAUUUUGGGAACGCAGCAAUGCAUUAUUCCAAGGACACGAGUAGUGCUUUUACCGAGAACACCCUUAAUUCUCAUUAUGAACAAAUGCAAUCAAAAAGCCAAUCAGACGGCGAGUAUCAAGAUAUAAACGAUAUGUAUCUGAUAUCUGAAAAACCAAAACAGGAGAACUGUAUAGAAGGUCCGUACUAUGUGCUGAAUCCAAGUACAAUGCAAUCACACCAAUCUCCCUACGAGGAUUUGAAGUCGCCAACAAGCUCCAAUCCUUACGACAUUUUAUCAGAAUCUGCUGCUGAUUCAAAUAAAGCUUCCAAGAUGGAGUUAAGGGAAGAAGACGCCAACCACUACACUAAAAUAUAACAGCGUACGGAAUAGAAGAAUUAAUCUGCAUACUCAGGAAUUACAUCAAAAAUCUCUAAAUAAGAUCCUUUCUAUUCUGUUACCUGGCAAAUAGAAAAAGUGCAUUUGUUGCGAAAGGCCAUAACAAUUUUUCCUUGGCGGAACAAAUGAACUAUGUGAAAACGUGAAAAGACAAUCUUGGUUGUAUUACAACUCUUAAGGAUAAUAUAUACGUUUCAGUGCCUGAUUUCAUCAUCGUUUGUAAAGUGUCUGAUAGGAUAUACGAUCACUGUCCUUUGUUUGUAUAAAUUAUUUCUAAUUCAUGUUUGGUUAGAGCCGUUACAAGGACGUUUAACACCGUCAGCCAGUAAAGUAUUUGCUACAAAAGCAUACAAACUACAACAAAAGGAUGGUACAUGUAAUACACGAUUUACGGGAUCUAAGGAAUUUUGUAACUGACUUUCGUAUUUAGGAGAUGUCCUGUCGCUUUCCUUGAAGUUGUCUGUAACCUUGUAGCAGCUGAGAUUUGUUCUUGAAAUUUGUCACGUAAAUUAUUUUUUUAUAGGCAAAUUGUACCUUUUCCUCGACUCAAAGUUGGAGUAAGACUAAUAAGCUGUAUUUUACAUAUUUGAAUAUUGACCUUUAUAGCUAUAAACAAAUCUAUUAGUUAUUGUUUUUAUUUCACUACUGAAAUGUUACCUUAACACAUUAAUACAUACACAGAAACUUUCGACAAAAUAAAAAGAGACAAUGUGUUCGUUAAGUGUAUUCGUCUUCUACUUAAUUGACAACACUCGGCCUGUCAAUACAGGUCAAAUUCAAGUAAUGACAAGUCCUUAACUUAAGACCCGGCCAGUUAAAACGAAACCACUUACGAGCAUAAUGAAAAAAACCGUGAUAUUCAAAUCUCAUAUAUCUCAGAAUAUUUUCACUGAGAUCACCAUAGCAACCAUAAAACCUGCCCGUUGUUCUCAUCAACCUGCGCCUCUAGGAAUCCUGUGUUGUAAGUUUGUCUGUUAGCUGUAUUUUGUAUUCUCAUACAACAAUACGUACAUACAUGACCCCCUUUUAUAUCUAGUGUUUACAUCAAUAACGUAAAUGGUCACAUAGUUUUGUGUGUCAGUAACUUACACAAGUUUUCCAAGUACGAUGUGUAUUGAUUUUUGUUUGUAAACCAGCAAAUAAAUGUGAAAAGAAGCAAAAUUGAUUACAGGAUAUGUUGUCAACAGGUGAAUAGAAAUCUCCCAUUGCAUACAAUACGUUCCAGAGUCAGAUACCAGUGAAUUGAGUGUGUGUUACUGAAAUUGUUUUGUUUGAAAUUUGUUAGAAUAAUCUAUCAAUUGAUAGGUUUUUUAGAAUAUCUAUAUUUUACCACUAAUGUGUAUUCUUGUUUGUACGACAUACUUUUGCCAGCCCUUGCCAAUAGCUAUAAUUAGUAUUUGAGUCACAUACUUAUAUCAUUCCUGACGUGUAUCUUUAAAUAGAUAUUUAUAAAACUUCCUGGUUAAAUAGGUGCAAAUAGUGUUCAGCGGACCAAAGUGGCCGACACAGUCGACACACACGCAAUACCGGUAUGUUAUCAAUGUGUUAAUCAGAGGCUUUAAUACCAUAUACAAAGGGCACGUCAGUCAUCUUUGUAUUGAAACGAAAAUAAC